UAAAGUGUAAUUCUGAAAAACCAUUAUACAUACCUGCUACUGCCUUCCUGUAUCUUGAAAAUGAAUAGCCAGUAUUACAUUUUCUAUGGGUUCAUAAAAAGCAAUAAUCCCAAGUUAUUGCAUGCUGUCUGGAGGUUACCACCUUGUUGCAUUCUCUACACUUGGAAUCCAUCAGGGUUACCACCUUGUUGUACUCUCCACACUUGGAAUUUAUCUGGCUUUUAUAGUCCAGCUAGCCUGCCUGCUAAGGUACUGAUCAUUUAAAAGAGCUAAAAGUAGUUAACUUGGACUGGUGGAUUUUGCUAACAAGCAAACAUCAAUCAAGCAGUUAGCUUAACAAGCCAUUUGAUGGGCUAUACUUCAAAUAGCAAUUAACUUAGACUGGUGGAUUGCUAACAAGCAAACUUCAAUCAAGUGGUUAGUCUAACAAACCAUUAGCAAUUUGAAUAUCUGUUAACUUUAAAAAAAAAGGUCAGUUUAUGAUACAACACUUCUUGCUGGUGUAAGUUGACCAGGGGUUUGAGUUGACCAGGGUGUGAGGUGACCAGGGUGUGAGUUGACCAAAAAUGAGGUGUGAGUUGACCAAUUUUGCAGGUGUGAGUUGACCAAGAAGCCACAGUUUCUGGGGACAUUAAUGACAAGAUUGCUGGGAUGGUCAACUUCCUGUUUGACAAAGGUAGGCUGGAGGAGGACUACAAGGCCAUCUCAGAGGAUGGGAUUACCACUCGACCUAACAAUUGUCCCGCGCUGGCUCCUGUGGAAUGCAACCUUCAGAUUUGGGAGGCCUUCAAAACGGAUGCUAGGAAAGCAAACGCUCGACUCAAAGAUGUUAGUGGGGACAUUCUUAAGGCAGGUAUCAUCCUUAUAAAGUCACUUCUGGCUCUGGAUCAGGUUGCAUAGGAGGAUGGUCACCCAUUGGUUGAACAGGAAGUGAAGAGAAUUAAUGGCACUUUGGCCCUCCUUGAGCAUGCCAACUACAAAAAUAACUUGGUGAGGCACUUUGUUAUGAAGCGAAAAAUUAACCAAAAAUAUUCACACCUGUGUUGCGAUAAGUGGCCAAUGUCUUGCAUGUUGUUUGGCGAUGAUGUAUCUCAGUCUGCCAGGCAGAUUGAGGACAUGGAAAAGCUGAAACAUAAGUUUGCAGCCAAGAAAAACCCUGUCUCAUGGAGGUUCACUGGUGGCAGGUCUAGAGGCUUUUGGGGGAAAUCCACUCAGAGGUACUACUCGCCGAGUUUCUACCCCUAUGAUCUGCCGAGGGACUUCAAGGGUGGCCAACAGCAAUUCCAGGCUUGUUGGGACCCAGACUCAAAAAAUGCCAGGGGCUGGGGUCAGUACAGACCCCGGCGUUAACCGAGGUGCCUACAGAAGAUGAGAGCAGAAGAGGGGAAGGGGUGGAUGGUUAUUCCACUCUGGUUGUCACAGCCAUGGAUGGGGACCUUGCUCGGGAUGCUGGUCAAUCACCCACGACUUAUUGCAAUGAGGAGACAGGUUCUCACGCAGAGGAGCACCCGGUCAUGCAUCACACCAGACUGAUGGCAUGCCUGCUGUCAGGGAGCAGUUCCGAGCACAAGGAAUAUCUGCAGAGGGUACGGAUAUCCUCAUGGCCUCGUGGACAAAAGAUAACAACUCAAGAUGGAAUAAGGGCUAGCCAAGAUAGCAGCAGCAUAUAGCAUGGAAGCUCAAAUCACUUGCAACUCAGCAUAAUGAUCUUCAUAUGUUGGACUGUCUGGAGUGGAGUGAAGCACUAGUGUAUUGUAUGAGUUGGAGCGGAGGUGAGGAAUGAAAGCAGAGGUUGAUAGGCAGCAGAGCGAGAAGAACCGCAGCUCUGACCGCCCCACACACCACCAACCGCCUACCUCAUCCUGUUGCCAUUCCUGUUGCCGUCACCAUUACUCCAAGCCUGGUUCCUGUGUUCACCCACCUACCCCUUGUUAUAAUAAAGUGGGAAACUAAGGAUUGCUUUGAUUAAUGCCACAAGCUAUCUAGGCAGUAUGGGGGAAAGCUACUUUGACCUGAAGCUGAUUCCUGAAUAUGACGGCAGCACCACUCAGUCUGUUGUUGAGUGGCUUGAGAAAUUGGAGCUAGUGUGCAAACUCCGAGACUCUUCGCCUGACUGGUGGUGCCUUCGCUGUGUACCUGCAGCUGUCUGAGGAGGACCAGAAAUCCACUAAGAAGAUAAAAGAGGCACUGCUGGCAGCCUUUGCUGUCGAUCCCUUCAUUGCUUACGAACAGUUCAUUGGCCAGAAAUUAGUGACUGGAGAAUAAAACGGAUGUGUACCUGGCAGAGCUCCGGUACCUUUCAUCACUGUUCAGUGGUAUGAAUGACAAGUCCCUUGCCUGUACCUUUGUUGCUGGAUUGCCAGAAGACAUCCGCCAGCUACUGAGGGCUGGGUCGCGCAUGGAGUAGCUUGAGCUGGACCAAAUUUUGGCACACUCAAAGGCAGUGAUCAGGGAUGACGGUCCAUGUCAGCCAGCAGCAGUGUGCCUCGGUGCGGCGUGUCCUGGAGCCAGGUCCUUGCCGGCUGCUGCCAGUAACCUAUGCUUCAAAUGCGGGGCCCCGAAUCACCUCACUAGGGAUUGUCUGGCUCGUCAUAGAGGAACAGUGUGUGGCGGCUGGAGCCGCACUUGGCGACGUGUGAAAUGCUUCAAGUGUGGAGGCCUCGGUCACGUUGCCUCUGCUUGUUCGGGAAACGAGCGUGGAGAGAGGGAAUCAGCGCCACCCUCUUCUCCUGGCAGUCUGUGAGUGAGGUGCUACCUAGUGCUGUGGUGAGAGUGGAUGGUGUUCAGCGUCUUGUGCUAGUGGAUACUGGCUGUUCCAGGAGUAUAGCGUAUGUGUUGUGCUGCAAAGCAUGGGAAGAGGGUGGUGUCAGCAUGGUCACUAUAAGUAGUGAAGAGUGGAAGUGUGAGGGAAAAGGGUUGGUGUGUCUUCAAGUGAGCAGUGGGCCCUCUGCCAACAUCAGUGUGAGUGUUGUUGCCUCGAAACCUCUUGGCUUCACCUUCAUUCUCGGAAUGGAUGGGAUCAAGGAACUCGGUGGUGUCACAGUUGAUGCUCAGGACAUCCUGAGUUUUGGUGGGGUAGAAAAGAUGAUCUGUGCUGCUACAGAUACGGUGGUGGGGAUUAAUGAGAGAGACUUUAGUGCUACUUCCGAUCCCAGCACGAAGUCUUGGACAGUGGCCUGGAAGUGGGCAGAAGGUAGGGAGCCAGACGUUCUGUAUAACCAAGUGAAGACUUAUACUGUGCCCGAUGGAGUGCGGGGCCUGUACAAGGAAGAACUGGAGAGGUGGAUCUUCCAUAUGACAAAGCUAAAUAUGGGACCUGCUAAGGGACUGAUCCCUCUCAUGGCAGUCAUCCAGCUGAAUAAGAAAAAAGUGAGGCCAUUAAUGGAUUUUAGAGAGCUUAACACCCACAUAUGUGCCUACACAGCCGAUGCGGAUGUGUGUGCUGACAAACUGUGGGAGUGGCGCAAGCAAGGUGAGAACGUGUCUGUGAUAGACUUGGCUAAAGCCUACCUGCAGAUCAAAAUUGACAACUUUCUAUGGCCAUACCAGACAGUCAAAUUCAAGGGUCAAAGGUAUUGCCUGACGUGACUGGGCUUCGGGUUGAACGUUGCCCCACUUGUGAUGAAGGCCAUCUUGAACUGUGUCCUCACUCAAGAUUCAACUGUGAGGAAGGGAACAUCAGCUUAUAUCAAUGAUAUUUUCAUAAAUGAGUGCAUCGUUGAGGCCAGGCAAGUGGAACAACAUCUCGGCAACUUAGGGCUGACAAGCAAACCACCCAAACGCUUGGCUGACGAAGCUAGAGUGUUAGGCUUAAGAAUGUGUGGGGAGCAGGACAGGCUCAUUUCUGGGAGGGAUAACGAGCUAAUCGAUGCCCUAGCUCAUCUAACACGGCGAGAGAUGGGAACAGUCUAUGCCAUUGGGUAAUUU